AGCUCCCUUGGGCCUCACGUAAGACAGACACCACGGUCAGCUCCAAUCUCACCAACACCAUCCCAUCUCAUCCACACAUUGACAAUACCGUCCCGUCGCAUCCGGCGCAUCACGCAUUGCUUGGUAGAGAUAAAGAGCCGCCACACCCUCGGACCACGAAACCUGCUUGCUGCCUCUGAAUCCUUCCGGCGCCCCUCGACACCCCAUCAUCUCAUCCCGUCCCCCCCGUGUCACGUUGGCUCUCCCCCUUCGCCAUGCAGCCUCCGGCCGACUUCGCCCACUACCCGAACCCCAUCGAGGGUCCCGAGACGGGCUACAAUCCCAAGCCCGGCUCCAACCCGGUGCUCCGGGGUCUGCCUCUGGCCGGCGCCGCCGCCCUGUACGCUUCGCCCGCCGGCUGCCGGAACCCCCCCCCCUUGCUUCGUCUCUCGCGCGUUACCGAUGUUGUGAAAGACAGACAGACCCAUGGUCGUCGCUGACGCAAACAUGUGCAAAAGCAUCACGAGAUCCGACUGGGUUGCCCGCUACUUCUGGAACAAUGCCGGCUUCGGCACCAUCAAGGACAUGCCCGAGCUCGAUGACAUGCCCUACACGUUCCAUCCCGUCGUGACGCCGCUGGGCAAGACGGGGCCCAUGCUCGAGUUCGGCCCCGAGCUGGUCACGCCUCGGGCCUCUUCCGCCUCCUCCUCCUCCUCCUCCGGCUCCAAGGGACGCUACUACACGGCCGCCGACUACCACGCGCUCUACAAGUCGGGCGCCGCCACGCCCCUGCAGGUCGCCCAGGCGCUGCUGCCCCUGACGCUGCCGAGCAAGGACGCCGACGCCCCCCGCGGGCGCUACGAGGACGCCUGGGCCGACGCGCACGGCAACGAGGGGCUCGCCCUCGAGGCCGCCCGCGCCUCGACGGAGCGCUGGAAGGCCGGCAAGCCGCUCGGCGUCCUCGAUGGCGUGCCCGUGGGCGUCAAGGACGACGUCGCCGUCGCCGGCUACCGGAACCACUACGGCCUCAAGUACAACCCGGACGUGCCCUGGUUCAAGGUCCAUGACGAGUCUGCGUGGCCCGUCAAGACCCUGCAAGAGGCUGGCGCCAUCGUCCUCGGCAAGCUGCGCAUGCACGAGAUGGGGUCAGACACCAACGGGCUCAACGUACGGCAACCCCCUCCCAGGUUUCCCCCCGUUCCCACCAUCACAUCAUGUACUCCCACAUAGUGGCAUGGCAGCCGAGACUGACAGGACUCCUUCUCCCCAGGUCGCCCAGGGCACGCCGACCAACCACCUCAACAACGCCUACUACCCCGGCGGCUCCUCGUCGGGCCCCGCGUCGGCCGUGUCGGCGGGCCUCAUCCCCAUCGCCGUGGGCACCGACGCGGGCGGCAGCGUGCGCAUCCCGGCCACCUUCAACGGCAUCUACGGGCUCAAGACGAGCCAGCACCGGACCGUCUUCAUGAACCAUACCAUGUGCAUCACCGGACCCAUCGCCGCCACCGUCGCCGACCUGACCAUCGCCUACCGCGUCAUGUCGCAGCCCAACCCCGACUGCGCCACGCAGGGCCGCUUCGCGCUAUCGCUACCGCCCGCCCCCUCGGCCAAGAAGACCAUGGGCGUGUACCGCGACUGGUGGCGGCACGCCGACCCGCGCGUCGCCGCCGCCUGCGACGCCGCCGUCGACUGGCUCGCCGCCGAGCGCGGCUACGAGGUCAUCGACAUCUCCAUCCCCUACCUCGUCGAGGCGCAGCUCGCCCACGGCACCAUCUGCAUCGCCGAGAUGGCCGAGCACCUGCGGCGCCGCGCCGGGGGCGACCCGGCCAACUGGCUGUCGCUCGUCGGCCCCGCCAACCGCAUCACCCUGUCGGUGGCGCGCCAGACGCCCGCAGGCGACUACCUCAAGUACAACGCGCUGCGCACGCUGCUGAUGCGGCACCUGGCCUUCCUCUUCCAGAAGCACCCGGGCCUGCUCAUCGUGACGCCCGUGACGCCGCUCGUCGGGUGGCCGCGCGUCCCCGGGGACGAGAGCCGCGGGCUCAACGACGCCAACACGACGCUGCGCAGCAUGAUGUACAUCUUCCUCGCCAACAUGACGGGCACGCCGUCCCUGUCCGCGCCCGUCGGCUACGUCGAGCCAGACCAGGGCGAGGGCAAGCUGUCCGUGGGCCUGCUGGCCACGGGCGAAUGGGGCAGCGAGGAGCAGCUGCUGAGCUGGGCCGCCGAGACCGAGGAGUACCUGCACGACGUGUACGAGGGAGGGCGCCGGAAGCCCGACGCGUGGCUGGACGCCAUCAAUGUGGCCAAGGCAAGCAAGGACUAGACGCGCUUUUGGGGGGACAGGCGGCGGGCGGCUUAGACGCCGCUCAGGUUCGGGACUGUGUAUAUCAAGCGGCCGGGCCAAGGUAUCUGUUUCCAUGUUUCUCUGGCUGUUUAGUAACUUAGUAUUUACCUUUGAGCAGCCCGCGUCCG